AAUGGGAAUCCGGAAGUUGCCGUAUUCUUGUUCCUUCUUUUUGCAUGCCGAACUCAGAAGAUGUCUCAUAGAAAAUUCUCGGCUCCUCGGCACGGUUCUAAAGGCUUCCUACCCAAGAAGAGGGCCAAACGCCACCGUGGAAAAGUGAAGGCAUUUCCCAAUGAUGACAAGAAUAAGCCAGUUCAUCUCACAGCAUUUAUUGGAUACAAGGCAGGAAUGUCCCAUAUUGUCAGAGAAGUUGAUAGACCAGGCUCCAAAUCUCACAAGAAGGAGAUUGUAGAGGCUGUAACUGUACUGGAGGCACCACCUAUGAUGGUUGUAGGUGUGGUUGGAUAUAUUGAAACUCCAAGUGGAUUACGAGCAUUUAAAACCAUCUUUGCUGAACAUCUUAGUGAAGAAUGUAAAAGACGUUUUUACAAGAAUUGGUACCGAUCCAAGAAGAAGGCAUUCACUAAAUCUGCCAAGAAAUGGCAGGAUGAGGCUGGAAAGAAAGAGAUAGAGCGUGACUUCAACAAGAUGAAGAAGUACUGUAGAGUCAUCCGAGUCCUUGCCCAUACUCAGACUAAGUUGAUGAAGAAACGUCAGAAGAAAGCCCAUAUUAUGGAGAUCCAAGUUAACGGUGGUACCAUCUCCCAGAAAGUGGACUGGGCUAAAAGUUAUUUUGAGAAGAGCAUACCUGUAAAAAAUGUGUUUGCCCAGGAUGAAAAUAUUGAUAUCAUUGGUGUAACCAAGGGUAAAGGAGUAAAAGGUGUAACAUCCAGAUGGCACUGCAAGAAGUUGCCAAGGAAGACUCACAAAGGUCUGCGUAAAGUAGCUUGUAUUGGAGCCUGGCAUCCAAGUCGUGUCCAGUUCACUGUGGCCAGAGCUGGACAAAAGGGUUACCAUCACAGGACUGAAAUCAACAAAAAGAUCUAUCGUCUUGGUGAUGGAUACCAUACUAAGGAAGGCAAGCUUAUUACAAACAAUGGUUCAACUGAGUAUGAUGCUGAUGAGAAGCCAAUCACUCCAAUGGGAGGAUUUCCUCACUAUGGAGAAGUAGCAAAUGACUUUGUUAUGAUUAAGGGAUGUUGUAUCGGACCUAAGAAGAGAGUUGUCACACUUAGAAAGUCUCUCUUGGCAUCAUUUAAAAAGAAGCAAAUGGAGAAGAUUGACUUGAAAUUUAUUGACACAGCCAGCAAAUUUGGACAUGGACGUUUCCAGACAUUCAAGGAGAAACACAAUUUUAUGGGUCCACUGAAGAAAGAUGCUCAAGCAAAAACAGAGGCUUAAAUAUAUGGAAAUGGGACAUUUCAAUUGAAUAAAUAUUCUGUGAUGUA